GACCGCUUUAUGACAUAUCAUAGAUCCAAUGUCAUUAACAUAUGACUUUGACGUUUUAGGUUUUUUUUUUUAAACUUUUAAUAAAUUGGAAAAUUUUUGCAGUUUAUUAGGCCAUAAGCGGUAUUUUUGGGGUUCUUGAUUACUGUUACCACGGGUCAACUACUAACAAAACCAAACAUGUCAUCGAAAGUGACUGAAGUAAAAAACCUUAUUGCAAGCGACAAGGUGGUGAUCUUCUCGAAAACUUACUGCCCCUAUUGCAAAUUGGCCAAAGAGGUGUUUGAUUCUUUAAAGGAGAAGUACACCACCGUGGAGUUGGACUUGAGAGACGAUGCCGAUGAGAUUCAAGGGGUUUUGGGUGAAAUUACUGGAGCGAAAACUGUGCCGAGGGUUUUUGUCAAAGGAAAUUUCGUUGGGGGAGGAUCUGACGUGAAAGCUUUAUACGAGAAGGGGGAGCUGCAAACAUUGGUGGCUGCAUAAUUAUUUUUUUUUUUACACAAUACUAAUUAAGCCUAAACGAUUUUGUUAUGGGAUAUUUUCUUUUAAAGGGACAAAAAGUUUUAAUUGAUUUUUUGCUGUUUUAGGUAAGGAACAUUCCAGUAUUGACCACUUAAACCAAACAAUUAUGAAUCCAAAUAAAUUGUCAACCUUUCAGUUAAUUAUUGUAAUAAAGUGAAUUUUAUCGAGAGCAAAACAA